AUGUCAUCGAAAACGCCAACUCCGAUUGCCUUGCACAUAAAGAAUGUGCAUCAGACGAAGAUCAGCAACCUUAUGGCGGCCAAAGUGUCACUGGAAGUCGAGGAUAACAGGUGCAUGUUGAAACUGAGCGAUGCGACUAUAAGGGUGAAGGUGUCCCCUAAAUGCGUAGAUCAAAUUCGUGUUGUCAUCCAGCAAUUUCGUGUGUAUCAACGUACCGCAAGAGAGCUAAUGAAACUUCCGAAGGCUGAUAGAGUGGACCAAACUCUCCAAUUCUACGUAUCUUUGGUAUCCUAUUUCAAAGAUGUUAUCUGGGCCUUUCAUAGUGAAGCGAAGGAUGAUGCGUCCAGCUCGAACUCCAAGUGGCGUUCAGCGUAUCUAGAUUAUCACUUUGCACUAGCGUUGCAUGACAGCUCAUUCACAGAAGACACUCAGGCGACAGCUCUGAAAGCAAUGAAGCGAACUUGGACUCACUUUUGGGAGAAGAAAGCGUUUAAAGAUGUUCAGCAACGUAAUUCUCUCAUUCUUGCCUCAUUUACAUUGUCCGAAGAUGAACUGAAUAUAACCACAGUGACAGCUAAACGAAUGCAUGAUUUGUUCUGUUCUUCCGGUGACGAUAUGUGUGGGGGGUCCUUCCAACACACUCUGUCCGACAAUGAUUCCAUGUCUGUCAUGCUGAAGAAUCUCGCCGGUGAUAGAUCCGUACCGCCGAUCAACAAUGAAGGUGAACACGUCGCGGGUUCAAUCGACUCAGAAGAAAAACAAAUCAAUACCAAGAAACGGUCGACAAAUUCGGAGACAUCGUCUCAGAUCGUAAUCGACGAUGCACUCACAGAGGGUAGUUCUUCAUCACGGAUGACAAGGUCGAAGUCGAUGGCGAGCAAGAAAGUCUCAUCUCAGAUUGACGCACAGGACAGCCUCAGUGCUUCAUCGUUGAAGACAAGGUCGAUUUCGAUUUCGAGCAAGCAGGCAUCGUCCCACAUUGAUGCAGACGCUGGUGACCGUGCUUCGUCACACAAGAAACCUUCUACGUCUUCCUCGAAGAAGGUUAAACAAGGCGGACGUCAACAGACAUCCGUGGCUGUUAAAGGAGGUAAAAAUAUGAAGUUGCAUGUACUCGAUAACGACGACGAGAGCCCUACUGAUAAAAUCGCAUCAAACUUUGAAAGUAUUGCGGAUUCAAAGAAGAGCCAGAAGCAGAAAAAGCAAACGCGCAAGACAAGGUCCAGCAAGGCGUUGGGGAAGCAGAAAGUGGCUGCUCCGCUUGUGGUAGAGUCGGAGGAUGAGUUUGACGAGGCAUUAGCGGUCUAUCCUUCUGUGGAACCUGAAGUAGUUGAGGACGCUGAAGUGGAUUCGAAACAAUCAGCUGAGGAAAUGCAUCAAUUUGACGAUGUCUUAUUUCCAAGCGUGCAGGAUGGGUGGAAAAGUUGGACGAAAAUCCUGUUUGAUGACGGAAACUCUCACAUAUUCUUGAGGCUGGCGACGUGGAUGCUGAUUCGGUUCCGUCAGCUUACUAAUAUAGACAUGGAUGAUGCGAUCGCUGGAGUCGUCAUUCCACAUAAUCCAAGGUUGAUGGACGAUGUCGAAGAUGAUCAUUUCUUCGAGGCUCUCGGGUUGGAGCGCAUGUACUCUGCAAUUGUCCACAUGGAGACAAGUCCUCGGUACAUGUCCCAUAUCUUUCACGCUCUCGGAAAGGUCCUGGCAAACUCUGAUGUCAGUGCGAGUAACCCACGCAUAAACCCAUGCAACUCCCCACCCACAGUCGAAGCACGCAUGAUGUCGGACUUGGACAUUCCAUGGUUAAACUUGAAGCAUACUGCCGGCAUGCCUGUCUCAGCAGCAUUAAACGAUAUGACAGAUGAAGACGCAGACGGAUCAUUGGACGGAGAUGAUGUUGAAGUCCGGCAGGCGCUAGACUCUAUGGUGAUCGAUGAAGGCUCAGCAUCCAUCACACGUGGAACGGCCCACGGUGACUCAUUGUUUCCGAAGAGAAAGAGAACUUUAUCUCAAGCGUCGCCACCAAAGAAUGAUGGUGGCCGAGGUCCACCUAAGCGUCGCAAGGAUGGUUGGCCACAUACUGUCCGAUCCGUUUCGCCUAUCCCGUCUCUUACAGACAUUCAAGAAUCAGGAUUGCUCUCGUCUCCUUUGGUCCCUACAUUGCCUUUGAGUCACAACUCAGAUAGUCCAAUACAUGAUACAUCGGUUCUUCUAGAUGCAUGGGACGAAGUAAUGGCCGACGCCAGUCAUGAUUCAGCUGCAGAACACCAGACGUCAUCCGCGCUCGCACAUGAGAAUAGCAUCCCACAUGAUGUCGAUCCACAGGAUGUUCAUGAGCAGAUAAUGAACAGCCCUUCAUCGCCGCGUAUCACCCGUAUCAAUGUUCUUCCUCCCAGCCCGGUUAUCCUUGUUCCUGACACGCAACCAUCUGCACUACCUUGUUCCAGGCAUACCACUCCCUCCCUUCCAGUAAUCGAAUGUCUUGUAACGACUGAGGACACGACUCAAGAUGGAAGCACGACACCUGAAGCCUCUCUCGUUGAUGCAGCAACUGCACGACCAAAUGAAGACAUCACCAGAUCUAAUGCUACACCUCCAGAUCACUAUGAAAAGUGGUUCAACAUGAUGAUACCACCGUAA